CAUUUCUAUAGCAAAAUGUUUAUGACUAGAUCAGAAUACGAUAGAGGUGUGAAUACGUUUUCACCUGAAGGACGAUUGUUCCAAGUAGAAUAUGCGAUUGAAGCCAUUAAGUUGGGAUCAACUGCGAUUGGGGUGAAAACAAAAGAGGGAGUUGUGUUGGGCGUUGAAAAGAGACUUAGUAGUCCUCUAAUGGAGUCAUACUCUGUGGAAAAGUUGUUUGAGAUCGACACGAACAUUGGUUGCGCUAUUUCUGGUCUUACAGCAGACGCACGCACGAUUAUAGAUCAUGCUAGGGUGCAAGCACAAAAUCAUCGCUUCACUUAUGAUGAACCUCAAGGAGUGGAAAGCAUUACACAGUCUGUUUGUGAUUUGGCUCUUCGUUUUGGUGAAGGAGAAGAAGAUGAGGAACGCAUUAUGUCUCGUCCUUUUGGUGUGGCUCUUUUGUUGGCUGGUAUUGAUGAGCAUGGUCCUCAACUUUAUCACUCAGAACCUUCUGGUACCUAUUUCCGUUAUGAAGCCAAAGCGAUUGGCUCGGGCAGUGAACCAGCAAAGACCGAAUUGGUCAAAGAAUACCACAAAGACAUGACUCUUCAAGAAGCAGAAGUAUUGAUUCUUAAAGUCCUUCGCCAAGUCAUGGAAGAGAAGUUAAACUCGAAAAACGUACAACUUGCGAGUGUUACUUCCGACAAGGGAUUCCACAUUUAUACCGAUGAUGAAAUGGCUGACGCUGUUCGUCGUGAAGAGCACAGAUCAGAUUAAGGUAUCUAUAUUUUUUACUAUACUGUCUACGAGCCUUAUAUACGACUAGAGUUGCAUUCCUUUUCCUUUUUCAUGCUCCAAUGAACGGUUUUACGAAAAAUAGCUAUCUUUCUAUAGGUGAUCAUCCGCGAGAAGAAGCCGGUGAUUAUAAAGAAGAAUAUAAGAGAUGACAGAUGCAAUUAGAAUGUAAAUGAUAUCUAUAAAGAUAGUGAUUUGUAAAUACUUUGGCUGUAGGAUUGUCAUUCAUAACAAGGUACACCAGAUUCAAUAGAAAUGAAAUUUAUAUUAAGUGA